AUGUGCACCGUUAGUCAACCCGUCCACAUCCUGGUCCGUCCAGCCCGCACCGCGUCCGUCGCGUCAGACCACGCCUGUGCCGCUUCACCAUUUUUCGUCUCGGCGCCUUCGCCUUCGCAGCCAAGCCGCCGCCCCUGUUCGCCGCCUCCGCGCCAGCCUGGUUCAACUCACGCUCGCGCGCCGCCGCCUCCCACACCAGAACUUUGUCGAUCUACCUCUCCUGUCCUUACCGAGCCGUUGCCUCCGCCUAGACACCGUCAGCUUGCCAUCACCGCCCUCAUGUUUCAUCGGCCAUCCAGAGCAUCGCCCAUGCAUGACGCCCGCAGUUCGCAACCUUUGGACCUGUCGCUCAGGACUGCCCCGCUCGCCAACACUCGACCAUGGUAG